AUGCCAUUGAUAUCCCCGAAGAGGAUUGAUGCCGAGACUAGAUUCAAAACUAGGGAAGGUCGAAGGUGCUUUGAUGGAAUUACUAGUCCAAGCCCAAUUGAAUCAAUAGAUGCGGGAUUACCGGUCUUAGGAAGAGCAGUGGGCAAAUCCCCUAGUCUGGAAGCGAAUGGCUUGUUUGCAAGGGGAAUCAUAGGCUUUAGAUUUGACAGUAGGGAUGCCGCAGAAGUCACUUCGGGGCGAUAG